GGCGGGGAUCCGCCUGUCGCCGGCACCGGCCCCGCAGCGCGCCGGGGUCCUCGCCGAUUCGCGCGUCCCGCGGCCCCAGCCCCGCGCGUCGGCCGAGCCCAGCGGGACCCCUCGCGACCUUCGCGUCCUGGUCCCGCGCUGAGCCGGCGGCGAUGUGGGGACUCCGGGCGCGGGGCCCCGGCGGGGGGCUGCUGCUGGCGCUGGUGCUGGGCGGGCUGUUGUGGACUGGGGGCGUCGAGGUGGAGCCCGGGGGCGCGCACGGCGAGAGCCAAGGCUUCCAGGUGGUCACCUUCGAGUGGGCGCACGUCCAGGACCCCUACGUCAUCGCGCUCUGGGUCCUCGUGGCCAGCCUGGCUAAGAUCGGGUUCCACCUGUCCCACAAGGUCACCAGUGUGGUUCCCGAGAGCGCCCUGCUCAUUGUGCUGGGCCUGGUGCUGGGUGGCAUCGUCUGGGCGGCUGACCACAUCGCGUCCUUCACGCUGACGCCCACCGUCUUCUUCUUCUACCUGCUGCCCCCCAUCGUGCUGGACGCCGGCUACUUCAUGCCUAACCGGCUCUUCUUCGGCAACCUGGGCACCAUUCUGCUGUACGCAGUCGUGGGCACCGUAUGGAACGCAGCCACCACCGGCCUGUCCCUCUAUGGCGUCUUCCUCAGUGGGCUCAUGGGUGACCUGCAGAUCGGGCUGCUGGACUUCCUCCUGUUCGGCAGCCUCAUUGCCGCCGUGGACCCGGUGGCCGUCCUGGCCGUGUUUGAGGAGGUCCAUGUCAACGAGGUCCUGUUCAUCAUCGUCUUUGGGGAGUCCCUGCUGAACGAUGCAGUCACCGUGGUCCUGUACAAUGUGUUUGAAUCUUUCGUGUCACUGGGGGGUGACAAUGUGACUGGUGUGGACUGCGUGAAAGGCAUAGUGUCCUUCUUCGUGGUGAGCCUGGGGGGCACGCUGGUGGGGGUGAUCUUCGCCUUCCUGCUGUCACUGGUGACACGCUUCACCAAGCACGUGCGCAUCAUCGAGCCCGGCUUCGUGUUCGUCAUCUCCUACCUGUCCUACCUGACGUCCGAGAUGCUGUCACUGUCGGCCAUCCUGGCGAUCACCUUCUGCGGCAUCUGCUGUCAGAAGUAUGUAAAGGCCAACAUCUCGGAGCAGUCGGCCACCACCGUGCGCUACACCAUGAAGAUGCUGGCCAGCGGCGCUGAGACCAUCAUCUUCAUGUUCCUGGGCAUCUCGGCCGUGAACCCGUUCAUCUGGACCUGGAACACGGCCUUUGUGCUCCUGACACUGGUCUUCAUCUCCGUGUACCGGGCCAUCGGUGUGGUCCUGCAGACAUGGCUCCUGAACCGCUACCGCAUGGUGCAGCUGGAGCCCAUCGACCAGGUGGUCCUGUCCUACGGGGGCCUGCGUGGGGCCGUGGCCUUUGCACUAGUCGUGCUUCUGGAUGGAGAGAAGGUCAAGGAGAAGAACCUGUUCGUCAGCACCACCAUCAUCGUCGUCUUCUUCACCGUCAUCUUCCAGGGCCUGACCAUCAAGCCCCUGGUGCAGUGGCUGAAGGUGAAGAGGAGUGAGCACCGUGAACCCCGGCUCAAUGAGAAGCUGCACGGCCGCGCUUUUGACCACAUCCUCUCAGCCAUCGAGGACAUAUCUGGACAGAUCGGGCACAAUUAUCUCAGAGACAAGUGGUCCCACUUCGACAGGAAGUUCCUCAGCCGGGUCCUCAUGAGACGGUCAGCCCAGAAGUCUCGAGACCAGAUCCUGAAUGUCUUCCACGAGCUGAACCUGAAGGACGCCAUCAGCUACGUGGCCGAGGGAGAGCGCCGGGGGUCCCUGGCCUUCAUCCGCUCCCCCAGCACAGACAACAUGGUCAACGUGGACUUCACACCGCGGUCAUCCACCGUGGAGGCCUCCGUCUCCUACCUCCUGAGGGAGAACGUCAGUGCCGUCUGCCUGGACAUGCAGUCUCUCCAACAGCGGCGACGGAGCAUCCGGGACACGGAGGACAUGGUCACGCACCACACGCUGCAGCAGUACUUGUACAAGCCUCGGCAGGAGUACAAGCAUCUGUACAGCCGGCACGAGCUCACGCCCACUGAGGAUGAGAAGCAGGACCGGGAAAUCUUCCACAGGACCAUGCGGAAGCGCCUGGAGUCCUUCAAGUCAGCCAAGCUGGGGCUCAACCAGAAGAAGGCAGCCAAGAUGUAUAAGCGGGAGCGUGCCCAGAAGCGGAGAAACAGCAGCAUCCCCAACGGGAAGCUGCCCACGGAGAUCCCUGUGCAGAAUUUCACCAUCAAGGAGAAAGACUUGGAACUUUCAGACACCGAGGAGCCCCCCAACUAUGAUGAGAUGAGCGGGGGGAUCGAGUUCCUGGCCGGUGUCACCAAGGACACAGCAUCCGACUCUCCUGCAGGAAUUGACAACCCUGUGUUUUCUCCGGACGAGGCCCUGGACCGCAGCCUCCUGGCCAGGGUGCCGCCCUGGCUGUCUCCCGGGGAGACGGUGGUGCCCUCGCAGAGGGCCCGCACGCAGAUCCCCCUCUCUCCCGGCACAUUCCGCCGCCUGACGCCCUUCCGCCUCAGCAGCAAGUCGGUGGACUCCUUCCUGCAGGCCGACGGCCCCGAGGAGCGGGCCCCCGCCGCCAAGCCCGAGUCCACACACAUGUGACACCGGCUCCGACACGCCGCUGACCGGACGCUCGUCCCCGCGCCACGGGCCGCCCGCCGCCGCCUCCGCCCCCGAGAAGCCCCCGAUCCCUGCGCGGCUGCAGCUACCGCGCGCCCCGAGCCCCGCCCCACCCGCGCCUGCGCCUGCGCAGAACCCGGAGAGCGCCCUGCCCGCGCCCGCAGAGCCUCCCGAGAGCGAGCUGGGGGCGGGGCCCGCACCAGGGGCGGGGCCGGAGCGCCGGGGGCUGCCGAGUGCGCACGCGCGUUCGGCGGCGGCGCGCCGCGUUCACAGCCGGCGCUCGUUUCAGCGGCCUCGCGCGCGCCGCCGCCCCGCGCUGCUGAAGUUGGCCUCGCUGCCACCCUCGUGCCACGCGCCGCCUCACGCGCUGGAGCAGGAGGAGACGCCGCUGUGACGCCACAGGCGGGAAGGGCCCGCGCGCCAGAGCUGGCCGCUGGCGCCCGUCCCCACCGUGGCCCCGAAACCGUGGCUCGCCCAGAAGGGGUUCGCAGGCGGGAAACCAGCCCUGAUAGCUCCGGGCCCCUCCCUGCCCCGCGCCUCUUCCCGGGACCCACUCAGGGACCUCCCAAGCGCCAGGACCCGGGGCCCGACCGCCGUUUCCAGGCCCUCGCCGGGCCUUUGAGCUGCAGGGAAAGCGGCGGAAUGUCUUCCGUCUGCUCAGCGCUUGGGGUUUAGACUCCCGGAGCCAGCACGUGCUCCGUGUCCCUCCCGGGUUCCGUCCUGCCCGCGACGGGUCUCGGUGGCUGCCCUGGGCACCGCGGUCUCCGCCCUGAUCUGUCGUCCCUGGCGCGGAGGGCGCCCGGGGUGCCCCGGCUGGGUGAGAGGUGGCCUGGCUGGCGGCGCUUGCCGGGAAUCAUGGCCGGUCCUAAGUGGCUGCCCUGGUCCCCUUCACACAGCGGGGAGCGCCAAGGGGGAAUGGAGGUGCCCAGGGCACCCCGCAGGCUCAGGCCCUCCACGGAGACCUGCUGAGACCCCUGGGCCUGUCCUGGACCCUCCCCACCGCCUCCAGCGUCCCUGGGCGGGUCCUGGUCCUCCGCGGGGACACCGGCUUCCAGCCCGAGUCCCGGGAGGCCGAGUCCAGAGUGGGCGGAGGCCGCGGUGCGGAGCCGGGACGGGGCUCCGAGUCCGCUCAUCCCUCAGGCGGCAAGUCCCGCAGGGUCCAACCUGCCUGAAAACCCGCCUGCACUUGGCUCUGAUGAGGGCAGUGGAGGUGGGACGUUCCCAGGGGCUUUUCCAAAGGCAGACGCGCAGCUCCUUGCUCAGGAAAAGUAAAUAGUCCUGGGAAGCGCUGGCAGUCACCAGGAAGGAGGCGUUCUAGAGUUCCGCGUGGCUCGACUGUGGCACACUGGUGGGAAGAGGCCACCAUUUCCCACUGGUAACUUCGUACCGCUGUGCAAAAGGGAAGCGCCACCACACAGAAGCCUCCGUGACCCCAGCUUCGGAGAAGCUCUCAUCUCACUGCAGCCGCUCUGCUGUGUGGACCAGUGGCGCAGCCACCCCGAUCAAGCGCAGUGACUUUCAGGGUUCACUGGUCAUUCUCCACACUCUGCAGCCAUUUCAGUCAACUCUGAGCACAAACUCCAGCCAUUCCCUAUGCAGCGAGGCCUGCCCAGUCAGUGACCCUGCUGGACAGAGCUGAGGCCAUCCUGGGUCCCUGCUGCAGCUACCAUCUUGAUGUCCACCAGAGCAGCCUGGAGCCUGGCCUCCCCGGCACGAGUGGGUGUUCUGAGAGGCCCCCAGUUUGUCCCGUCUGCACCACCGAGAGGUCUCUGGGCGGCCAAAAGAGCAAAGCUACCUUCCAAGUGCCUAUCCUAGCCUGGGAGAACAGAGCAGGAGCGUCGUGCGGCCCACAGCGCAGAGUGCGGUGACGGCACGGAACAACUCCCCUGGACCCUUGCUUGGGCCUGCAUCUGACUCCCAGCUGCAGUCAGAAGCUGAGUCCAGGUAACUAACUGCUCGGCCACUCCUGGUCGCUCCUCCCCGGACACCAAAGUCAGCAAAGACGACGCCGUGAUCACCGCCAGCUUACCAUGUGGUGAACACAACACUUACCAACACCUCCUUGAGGUCAGUCUUCGGCACCGGGGUGGGCAGGCAGGUUUUCUGUGUUUAUGAGACCACACAGGCUUAAGCACAAACGUGGAACCAGAGUUCCAGGUGAGGAAACCUCGCUCACAGAAGCUCAGACCACACCCCACCAGGUAACGUAGUGCGCCCGGGCUGUGGGUGCCAGGAACGAGGGCUAGGGACACGUCAUGAGUGGGAAUCCCCAUGUUCUGUCACCACUGUCUUAUGAAUGUAUUUCCUUAGGAAAACUGUUGUAAAAACUUUUAUUAGGAAGGAUGUCUAUUUAUUUAAUACUGAACUUUGGCCUCCUCUGUGAUAGGAAUUUAGGAAAUCAUUAUUUCUCGCUUCUGUAUUUUCUCAAAACUAAUUUUGUUACAGAGUUGAAUACACUGUGUACUAAUCUAUUGUGAAAGCAAAGAAUUUCAUCAAAACAUUUCAAAUUACAAGUGUGAAAAUUGUGCAUAAUUUUGCAAUUGUAAUAUUAAUUGAACUUUGUGUAAUUCUAAUCACAAAAUGACGUGCCUUAAAUGCCCUCCAGUUGUGGGAUGGCAGUGUCUGGGCAGGGAGGGCCCAUCACCAACCCAUCACCAAACCCUGAACCAUUGCUAGACCACUUCUAUUAAAAACAUUUCAAGGCA